AAAAGGUCUGAAGAGAAGUGUUUGGUGAACAGAAUUUGAAGAAUUAAAUAUUUUUAUCUGUUCAGCCCACUAAAGGUUUCUCCUUCAGAACCACCCUGUGCCCAAAGCUACCAAAACAUGGGUACCAAAACAGCCAUUGUGCGGGUUCUCCUCUUUGGCCUUGGUUGGCUUCUCACUGUAGAAGCACAAAACCAGGAGGAGCUAAUUGCAGAAAUCCAAAUCACUAAACAUCAAGUAGAGCCUGAUGGGAGCACAUCAUCCCCGAAGAUUGUUGACAACACCCUCAGUGCUGCUGCUACUGUCUCUUCCUCCUCCACCACCACGUCGUUUCUUCAACACCUAGCUGUGCUCUUUUCAAAAAUGGCUACAGAGGUCCAUCUUUCUCUUUUCACUGUCCCUCCUGUUUCAACCAUCACGGCGGAGACACUUCCAGAGUCUCCUAUCCUUAUAGCAUCUACUGCUCAGCCUUUCACUUCUACCAUGACAACAACCACUUCACAGUUAUCUGCUAAGAUUCAUCCUCCUGCACUUACUUCUGAGGUAGUCAGUACUGAAGUUCACACGAGCAAUGAGCAAACUGCUGAGCUUCAUCCUGCCAUGCUUAUACCUCCAAUGGUUAGUACAGAACUUCAUACCAACACUGCUUCUGUAGCCAGCAUAACCAAUAUGGCUUCAGCCCCUACGACCACUGAGGCCAGACCUAAAAUACCAGCUUCACCACAACAUCUCACUGCCUCUGAAGAAGAGUCAGCUGAGGAGACUUCUCCUGAACGUACUACCAGGGUGUCUGAAGCUAUUGUUGCUGAGUCUUCCAUUCCCACAACUGUUGCCAAAUGCAAAACAGACAUUCCCUCCUUCUCUAAAUUCUUCCAUCAGAAGCCAGGAGAUCCUAUAGGACUCAUUGCUCUGCAGCAACUCCUGGAAAAUAUGGGAAAUUUAAUACCUAAUCCUGAAAUAACUUAUAAGCUAAAGGUGAAAAUCUCAUUUCCUGAAAAGGAGGGGGUGUUGAACCUUGGCAGCCAGCAGAAAAGAUCAAAGCGCUCACUGAGGGUGAAGAGUAGGCUUCAAAAACUAUGGUCUCUAUUGUAGAUAAACAAAUAAUUGAUUUGGCAAUUGGCAGAUGAAAACUGAACAUCAAUGUUAUUUUUUUCUGCACUCUGUUAUCUUGCUUUUCUAUUUUUCUUUGGUUGUUUUUCUCUCUGUUCAUAGAUAUUUUCUUCAUAGAUAUUUUCUUCUUCUUUUAAUGUAUUAGAAAAUCUGUAAUAAAAUAUUUUUAAAAAAUUUCUGGAAUCACCCAUAGAUGUAUCAGGAUGCAUUUAAACUGUAGAAUUAGAGCAGUUUGAUGGCACUUUAGCUGCCAUGGUUCAAUGCUAUGGAAUCCUGGGAGCUGUAGUUUAACAAAGUCUUCAGUCUUCUCUGUCAGAGUGCUGGUACCUUAGCAAACAUCAGGCAUCCCAAAGGCACUUUGUUUAAAGCAAGUGUGAAUGUUGCAACGAGCAAGCUCGAACAAAAUAGACAAGGGUUCUUUACCCCACCCUGGACAAUCCACAGAUACACUCCACUUGCCUCACUUCCAAUAGACCUCUGAAGAUGCCAGCCACAGAUGCAGGCGAAAUGUUAGGAGAGAAUGCUACUGAAACAUGGCCAUACAGCCUGAAAACUCACAGCAGCUUAGUGAUUCCAGAUGUGAAAGCCUUCAACAACACAAGAAAACAGUUGCAGACCCUCUAGCUAUUUAGCUCAGCCUGGUGCAUUUUGAUUCAGAACAAUGUCCUACCAUUCUUAGUGAGACGUAUUUCUAGGGCUUUUGCCAAGGAACUGCAGAUGUAUGGUUUAGCAUUUACUGGCAUACCUCAGUUAACAGCAAAGCUACAUGUUAUGCAGUCUUUUUAAGUCCACUCAACCCCCUUUUCUGGAGAAAAGUUUGUCAUUUUUCUAGGAGUCCAUUCGGUGGUUUUCUUUCCUUCUUCUUUUGACAGCAUCAGUUUUGGGAUGAAGGUGAAAGAGAACUAAAGACACAUGGCCUUCCAUUUUUGGGUUACAAUAAUAUGUCUGUAAUAAAGAA